GGUGGUCUGAUCAUGUGACGCCUGCGUUUCCGACACAACAAUACACACCGUAUUGGUCUGCAUUCACGCUCCACUCCCCCUCCCCACGCCCGGCUCUCGGUAUGGCGGACGGCGAGAGGUCCCCGUUACUAUCGGAUCUGGGAGAUGGUGCUCUUGGCAGCGGUAACGGCGGGGUGUCUCCCGGUGCCGCUCCUUACGGUGCACCGAACAAACCUCAGAGCUUCCCUCCGUUCCCCAGCCCCACUCAGCCCUCGGUGCUCCUGGGGGAGGACCCUCCGCCCUACUCCCCUCUCACCUCCCCAGAGAGUGGCAGUGCUCCUGUGAUCAGCUGCAGGGUGUGUCAGAGCCUGAUCUCUGUGGAGGGAAAGAUCCACCAGCACGUGGUGAAGUGUGGCGUUUGCAAUGAAGCCACGCCUAUUAAAAACGCCCCGGCAGGGAAGAAGUACGUCCGCUGCCCCUGCAACUGCCUGCUCAUCUGCAAAGUCACUUCCCAGAGGAUCGCCUGUCCCCGGCCAUAUUGUAAGAGGAUAAUUAAUCUGGGUCCGGUUCAUCCUGGUCCGGCCAGUCCCGACCCCCAGCCUGCCGGGGCCCGGGUCUCCUGCGGACACUGCAACAACACCUUCCUGUGGACAGAGUUCACAGACCGGACGCUGGCCAGGUGCCCACACUGCAGGAAAGUCUCCUCCAUUGGUCAGAGGUAUCCCCGGAGGCGGAGCUUGUGGUGUUUUCUACUCUGCUUGCUAUUCAGCAUCGCCACUGCCGGGCUGAUGGCGGGGACGUGGGCUCAGGCUCAGAGCUACCAGGGGAUCUACGCCUCCUGGGCCGUGAUGCUGCUGCUGGUCCUCGUCACCCUGGUUCGGGCUUUCUAUUGGUCCUGCAUGAGGGUCAGCCAGCCCCUCCAGAACUUCACAUAGAGCCCCCUCCGACCCUUCCUCUCCUCUCCCAUCAAACCCCGCCAGGCAGGAGGAAAAAGACGGCUUUAAAGAAUCCAAAAACACGCAAAUAUUUAUUUAAAUCCAGAAAGUUCUCCUCCUCCUGUCCCUUCCCUUUCAAUCCGAUGCGUUUCUAAAACUGGACGGCGGUGGCUUAUCUAUCGGUAAUUAUGAUGAUGCGUGUAGCCUAAUGUGCUGUUUAUCUGUUCUAAUCUCGUGGCCAGUGUGGGUUUCAUUUUAACCUUAUAACAAACUAUAACAAUCUCUCUUCCUCUCUCUCCGCCCCCCUCUGCGCUGUUUAUACAUUUUAGCUUCAAUCUGUGGCACAUCAGUUGCUCUCUCUCUAAGACGAGGGCUUAAAGCCAACUCUUAGACGUGAACAUUUCCCCUUUGUGUUUAAAGGGGGGCGCUCCCUCUCCAAUCCUAAUUUGACAUUAGGUUUAGUAUCAGAGCAUUUAACAUUUUCUAAGCAGAAACAAAUGAUUUGUGAACGCGGCGAUGAAGUCAGUUGAAGCUAACAUUUCAAUGCCAGUAGAAGCAGUGUGGCUGGAGGGGCAUCAGCCCCCCCUUUUGUGAAGCAAUAGGAUCGAGUCGGUGUUGAAAUGUGUCUGAAAACGUGCAGGUAGGCUGUGAUGUUUUUGAACUCAGUGUUUCUGCUGAAUUACCCCGCUGGGACUGACUUUGAUCCAAAGCAGCUUGAAAAGCCUUAAAAGGAGGUGUGGUAGAAGGAUUCAACACACACCUAAACACACACACUCAUACAUGCAUACAUACACGGCCACAUAAAUGCAUUCUGGCACACAACAAAAGGAGGAUGCUGUUCUAGAGUUACGACAAAUCAGAUUUUAAAAGGUGUCCCAGCCGCUCUCUUCAAAGACAGACCUGCUAACGGUUUGUUCGUCCUUAUCUCAGUCAAGGAAACGGUGACAUACAUGCAGCUUUUCUUUGGGUUCUGUAGGAGUGUAACUACAGCUCUUUUUAAAAAUCUAUUUUUGUUACCAUAAUACCAACUUCAAUCUCCUAUUAUUAUUAUUAUUAUUAUUAUUAUUAUUAUCAUCCAAAAUGUGGCUCCAUCAUCCCUCACAUUUUUAAAGACAGUUUCUUUUAUCUCCAUCUCCAUGUUUUGUCCUGGGAUGAUUUGAUCUUCUUUCUGAAACAGACCAAAAUAUGAUACGAAAGAAUCCUGAAGAGCAAAUCCUUCACAGCAUUGAUAUCAGUCUCCUUAUACCUGCAAAACCCUGUGCAGUAUAACGUGUGUUUUCAGACUCCUUGUUCUGAGCUGUUAUGCUUUCAAACACACCACUUGUCUUUGAAAAGGAAAAAGCUGAAUUGUAAUGACCUGUCUAUGUUUUGCCAGCUGAAAAGCAAAAGCAAAAAACGGAGAUAGAUACUGAACCUCAGGCUUUAAUAGCGCCUGAUUGAAACCCUUUUUUUUUUUGGUUGAGAGCUAACUGCAUCAGAGCUCAAUUAACCAAUCGGCAUGUAUGCACCAUUUUUGUUACGUUCUGGACCAUUUAUGGUGAAAAUGUGUCCAGUUUCUGUCAUUGAAGAUGGAGGCUGUUCCGGGCUUGGUUGGUUUCAGCUUCCACUUUAAGGCCAGUGGAAUAAAUCUGUAAAGCGAGCUCUACCGACCGCCUAAUGCCAGUCACAAUAGUAACAUAAACACACACAACACUUUACAUUCUCACAAUGACUUAUGUGUCUGUGGUUCUGAAUGUGGUAACAUUUCCUUUGCUAUGAAUUAUGUUUUUUGAUUGUAAAUAUAUUUGUUGUUUAUGUACAAUGGAAGUGACUAAGCGAAUUAUGUUGCACUCUGAAUUUAACACUAAUGCUGUGAUUGCUUCAGACGUUUAUCUGUUGUUUUUAAGAAGGUUAUUUUUGCAACUCUUCACCUGUUACAUAUUUAAUGAUUUUAAUGAACUACUAACCUAAUAAGCCUCUGGACAGUGUCCAAAACGCAUCAACAUACUCGCACCAACGAAAGACAUUAUGACUGAAUCACAUCCCCAAAGCUAUGACAUUUCUAUCUCUCUCUCUCACACACAAACACACACACCCACUCAGCACCUUAUACAGUAGUGAGAAACACUGCAUCCACCAAGUAAGAUGAGAAAAGUUACCGUGCUAGACUGAACUGAGGUCGCAAACAGUUCAUAUGGAAGUGUCAUGUUAUUUAUUAUACACGCUGCAAAAAAAGGCCACAAAUAAGUCGUUAGUCAAGUCCUAAAAUCGUAUUUAUUGUAGAAACAGUGUGAGUUUCUAUUCAAGACUAGACCAAGGACACUUGUUUUUCCCUUUUUGAAAUCACUACAGUGAGCAGGUUUCAAGUUAUGGUCAGUGCUUUACAUUUUAAGAUCUUGAUUGGAGGUCAAAAAUAAGAUUGAAGGACAGACUUGUCAUGACUUGUUUAAGACGACCUUCUUUUUGCAGUGGAGUGAUCGUGUUUUAUCCAUGACUGCUAAAGAUAUCCAUCAUGUUAAUGCCAAAAAUCAACCUGGCUGAUGCUCUUUUCAGACUUUGUUUACACAUAAAUAAAGACAUGAUGAUGUACAAAACA